CAGAUGAAAGGGAACAAGCAACAGCUCUUUACAUCUACGGCAAAUGUCAAUGUAUGUUUGGAAUAAUGCCACAGUUCGCUAAUCCUAUGACCUCACCGUUUGCAUUUGCACCUAAUCUGUUUGGAGGAGUCAAUCGCAAUCAGGUUGGAAAUGCAAUGUAUAAUAAUUAUAAUGGUAUUGAGUAUAACAAGGAACAACAACAAAAGUUAACAAAGUUGAAGAUUGAUAGAUAUAUUGAGUUAACUUACAUUACGAUUAACCAUACAACCCUUGGUUAUUUAAGUUUAGGUAGUAAACCAAAAUUGCAGUGCACUAAUGUCAUUGGCAACAAACGACUUAUUUUUUGUGAUAGUGUAAUAAAAAAUCAAGUAGAAAGGUUAGCUCAUUGGAUCCAAGAUCCUAAAGUCAUUAAUAUUGAUGAUUUAAAAUUGGAGUUUAAGAAAAUAGAAGAGGAGGAUUUAGAUUACCAGUUUGAUAUUACUAAAAGUAGUCUGGAUGAAAAUGAUCAGUUGUGGUUGGAAAGUUUAAUAGAAGCACAUAAAGAAAUUUUACAGAAUAACAGCGCUUAUGCUUGUAAACAAUUAGAAAAAUGUAAAAAAAAAUUAACUGAGGUGCUAACUGAUGAAGAAAUUCAAUACAUUUUGGGCAAAAAAGUAGAAAUUAAUGAGUUGGAAACUCAUUUAAAUUAUAUCGUUAAAUGA